CUUCGCCAUGUCUCAGGCCACUUACAAUAAGAUGUGGACAGAUGCCCAGAAAGACCUCGACAUCCAGCUCCAGAGAGAAAGAGAAGAGUUUCUCCAGCCAGAGCAGGACCUCGUGAAAGUAUUCAGGAUGUUGGCCACUUCCUACAUCAAGUACAUGCAAAUCUUCCAUACCCUGGAGACAGCCCACGACCAACUCCUUCACCAGCAGAAGCGGGCAUUGAUUCGGCAAGUGCUGGAUGGUGUGAUCGGCCGGAUCCUGGAGCUGAAAAAAGAGAUGGUGGAUCUGGAGAAAUCAGAAUUUCAUUACAUUGAUAAUAUCCUGGAAGAUCUAAAGCUUCUCCCGGAAGAUCUCGAAGUACCUAUCCCAAGGUAUUUCAUUAAAGAACAGCUGGAAGUCCUGCAGCAGAGGGAGAAAAUCCUGGAUCAGAUUUUGCUUGAGGCUGGAUUGCAAGCAGAGGAACCUGUCGAGGCCAUGACAUUUGAAGAAGCCAUUAAAAUUAUCCAGGUUGCAGAACGGGCUCGCCAAGGCCGCUGUCGAGCAGCGUACAUGAAGCGAAUUUACCUUGCAGAGAAGAGGGCAAGACAACCUAAAGCUGAGAUCAAGACGGGUCUGAAUCCAGAUGAUGCUGCCACUCGCAUUCAAAAGGUUUGGCGUGGAUGUGUCCAGCGCAAGAAAACAGAGAACCUGAGAGAGGAGGAAAUGGUGUUUCUGGGGAUGAGCCUACCUCCUCACUUAAAGUCAAAGAGUAUUCUGCAGAUGGAUGCUGGGCAAGUAAGCGCCCUGCAAGGUGAGAUCCAGGAGAGAGAUGAUGAGAUAUCCAUCAAAAACAAGCUGAGAGAAGUGGAGGGGCUCAGCAUCAAGGAAACUCUCCGGGAUCAGAUUGGCCAGUGUUUCAUUGAGUGCCGGCACAUUGUGGGCAGGUUCCCUGACUAUCCUACUGAAGAGGCAGGAGGGUCAAUGGCUAUUCUUUCUCAGAAUACUCCAGAGCAGAUUGCUGCAGAACUGGCUGCCAAAAUGGAGAAGGCUUUGGAGAAAAAGGACCAGAAGGGCAAAAAAGAAAAAGGAAGAGAGAAAGAAAAAUCCAAAGACAAAAAAGAUGAGAAAACUGAAAAGAAAGAAAAGGAUGAAGGCUGGAAAAUGGCUCCGAGUAAUUUCCUUUCAAUAAUGGAGGAAGGAAACAGUCAAUACAAAGCCGUUUGGCAGAACAGAGACGAGGGAUGGGAUUUUCUCCAGGAUCACGACCCGGAGCUGAUGAAAGAAGAGAAACGGGAAGAAGUGGAGAAGGAGAUCAGAGUGCAGGUUGAUGCAUUGAUGCGGCACAAACUGGAGAAUCUCAAGCUGGCUGUGGAUGGAGAGAAGAGUUCCAAAGCCAAGAAAGGGAAAAAGAGUGAUAAGAAGAAAACAACCACAAGGAAGAAGAUAUCUGAGCUGGAAGAAGAUCUAACUCCUGACAGGACCAUCGAUUCUCUGUAUAAGGAACUGGUGGAAGAAGGAUUGCUGAUAAAAGCCAAGACCGUGAAUCUCUCAGAUUAUGUUGGCGAGUACAGCUAUCUGGGGACCACACUUCAGCAGGCAGAUAGAGAGCCAAUGCCCUCUCUUGCAGAUGUCAGACAGCUAAUAGCACUGUAUGGAAUACUGCCAUUAGGUUCUCAAAUAGUCCAUGAGAAGGCUCCUUUGGUGAAGGCCUUGUUACUAGCUGGACCUGCUGGUGUUGGAAAGAAGAUGUUGGUCCAUGCCAUCUGCACAGAAACAGGAGCCAACCUCUUCAAUUUAUCUGCUUCCAGCAUUACUGGGAAAUAUCCAGGCAAGAGUGGCCUGCAAAUGAUGCUUCACAUGGUUCUCAAGGUGGCCAAGCAAUUGCAGCCUUCAGUUGUGUGGAUUGGAGAUACAGAAAAGAUAUUCUCUAAAGCAGCAUCAACGGCUGAUAGAGAGAUGGGCCCAAAAAGACUGGAAAAGAUGCUCCCCAAAUUCCUGAAGGCUCUGAAAGCACCGGACAGAGUGCUGCUCGUGGGAACCACCAACCGCCCCUUCGACGCCAACCUUAAACCUUUCUGCAAAGUCUACCAGAAAAUCAUUGUGAUUCCUAGGCCUGACUAUGCUUCCAGAUUUGUGUUAUGGAAACACAUCAUCCUGCAGAAUGGGGGAGCAAUCACCAGCUUACUGAACAUAAGCUGCCUGGCAAACGUGUCAGAUGGUUUCACCCCAGGACAACUCAUCCGGGCAGUGCAAGCUGUGCUGACCGAGCUGCGCCUCUUGCGGAUGAGCAGGAAGCCACUGAGAACUGAUGAGUUCAUAGGUUUUCUGGCCACACAGGAUCCAGUGUACAGAGAGGAGGAGGAAGCAUUUAAGGCUUGGUAUGCCAAGACCCCGCUGGGCAGGGCACGAACCAGAGCCCUGGCAGGCAACGCAAAAGCAGGAAAAGGGAAAGGAAGUAAAGGGAAAAAGUAACCUCCUUGAGGAUUUUGCAGCUGGCAAUACCCAUCACAGCUCGACUUCAUCAAACUUUAUCAGCACAGAAGAUGGGAGGAGAGCAAACACAUUGGAAUAAUACACCCCAUGUUAGAGGUAUUCCAAGAAAGAGAAUUCCUUUCUGACUGAGUUUUACAAAGCUAAAACCCAUCAGCUGAGACAUCAAUGUGACAUGUAGCUCUCAGAGGGUAAAGAGUUAAUGACCACUGAGUUGCUCAAGCAUUAUUUAUUUGCAGAGAUUUUAGGGGGCAGAAGGGUUCAUUACUCAGCACUGUAACAUGCCAUCAACUUUUAGGCUGUUCUCAUUUAUUUCAGCAAGUAACUCUCCUUAAAAAUUGAUGUCACAUUAAUGUCUUUCAUUACUUUAAUACCCUAUAUGCUUUAUAAAACUAACUGCUUUAUAUAUCUGUAGGUCUAAUGUGUUACAGUUCUCAAUAAAACUAUUACAGCUAUAAA